AAAAGGGUGAUUUCAUUUUAUAUUCUUAUUCUCAAUCCAAUUCUGUUUGACAAUUUUGGCUGUGGAUUUAAGGAGGAAUAGGAAAUUCAAAUCACUUCGAUUCAACCCAAUUUCAGUUUAAAGAGAGAAUUAAAGUGUAUUUGCUUGAUGAGAUGGAUAGAUUAAGCUACGGCGGUGGCGGUACUGGUGCUGGUGCUGGUGGAGUGAAAUACGGGUACGAAAAUGGGGUGGUGAUGACGAGAGACCCGAAGCCUAGGCUGAGAUGGACGGCUGAUCUUCACGACCGGUUCGUCGAUGCAGUAACUAAACUAGGUGGUCCUGACAAAGCAACUCCAAAGUCUGUCCUAAGGGUAAUGGGCUUGAAGGGCUUGACACUGUACCAUUUGAAGAGCCAUUUACAGAAAUACAGAUUAGGACAGCAGGCACGGAAGCGAAAUGCAGCAGACCAAAACAAAGAGAAUGGUGAGAGUUCGUAUGUACAGUUUAGCAAUCAUUCAUCAGGGACUAUCACCAAUUCGCCAAGAGCUGACAAUGAGCAAAGACAAAUCCAAAUGGCAGAGGUACUGAAGACUCAGCUGGAAGUACAAAAGACAUUGCAAGAGCAACUUGAGGUACAGAAGAAAUUGCAGAUGAGGAUAGAGGCUCAAGGGAAGUACUUGCAAGCAAUAUUAGCGAAAGCCCAAAAGGGUAUCUCAUUUGAUAUCAUCAACUGUGAGGGGAAUAUUGUAGCAGAAACAAGAGCACAAAUAACAGACUUCAACUUGGCUCUAUGACUCUGUCCUAUCUCCUGCAGAAUGUAAAUGAAGCAGACAAAAAAAUCAAACAUAAUGCAGAUGAAUGACGUUUACAAUAAGGCCAACUGUUCUGCUUUCCAAAUUUAUGGAGUGAGAGAAAGAGAAGAAACAAAGAUGUUAAGAUUAAAGGUGAUGGAGAUUCCAUAAAUUGGAUUAAGUUUUGUUCAAUGUUGUGAGAUCAUCUAUUGCUUUAACCGUGUAGAUUGCAACAUCGAUUGUAUUCGUACAUAAGAGCCACUGCAGGAUCAUCAACUAAUCAAUUAGAAAUAAUUGUCUCAACAUCGAUGGAUCAAUCCAUUGGAACUUAUAAAUUAAUUUUGUAUUAUAUGUUUAAUUAGAGGAAUAAUUAAUUGAUGUUUAUUAGUAUCUUGGUUGUACCUUUAACAUUUCCGUUCCCUUAGAGAUGGAUAAACUGUCUUUAGGAGGAGUGAGUCUUUCAAGCUGUGAAAGGUCGCCGACAACAAAGCAUUUGGCAACCACAUAGGUGAAGGGGAUGUUCUCAUCCUCUAUUCCCUUUUUUACAGCCAUUUUUAAAAAAAAUCAAAUGUUACUCUUCCUGGUUCAAGUUCAUGUCCCUGUAUCCAUACCAAACUCUGAACGCAAGAAACACUGCAAUGCCAAUGCAAAUGUUUGUUUCUUCACAUUAAUC